AUGGCUCCCUCCAAACUCGAGACCGAGGACCAUUCCCGCGAUGCCGCCUUCAACAAGGCCAUGCAUAAGGACUCGUCCGCCGCAAAAGGUGGUUUCAGCGCCAUGUUGAAGAAGGACAAAAAGGCGCAACAGGCGGCUGUCGACGAGUACUUCAAGCACUGGGAUAAUAAGUCCGCAAAGGACGAGACGCCUGAGACAAGAGAGGCACGAAAAGCAGAAUAUGCUACCCUCACAAGACAUUACUACAACCUGGGGACAGAUCUGUACGAAUACGGAUGGGGACAAUCUUUCCAUUUCUGCCGAUUUGCAUACGGUGAACCCUUCUACCAAGCUAUUGCCCGUCACGAACAUUACCUCGCCGCCAAGAUUGGGAUCAAGGAUGGAGAUAGAGUUCUCGACGUUGGAUGUGGCGUUGGUGGCCCUGCGAGAGAAAUCGCAAAGUUCACUGGCGCGCAUAUCACCGGUUUGAACAAUAACGACUACCAAAUCGAGCGUGCCACACGAUAUGCGCAAAAGGAGGGUCUUUCUGACCAACUGAAGUUUGUAAAGGGUGACUUCAUGCAAAUGUCUUUUGCUGAAAACUCAUUCGAUGCCGUCUACGCUAUCGAAGCCACUGUACACGCCCCUUCCCUCGAAGGCGUCUACAGCCAGAUUUUCCGUGUCCUCAAGCCUGGCGGUGUCUUCGGCGUCUAUGAAUGGCUCAUGACUGACAAGUACGACAAUGACAACCAACACCACCGCGAAAUCCGCCUCGGCAUUGAGCUCGGCGAUGGCAUCUCAAACAUGGUCAAGAUCUCUGAGGGAAUCGCCGCCAUUAAAGCUGCCGGUUUCGAACUGGAGCUCCACGAGGAUCUGGCCAAGAGGCCUGAUGCCACUCCGUGGUACUACCCUCUCGCUGGAGAUUUCAGCAUGAUGGGCUCUAUCUAUGAUUUCCUUACGAUCGCACGCAUGACCAAGCUUGGUCGUGGGAUCACACAUAAGUUUGUGGGUUUCUUGGAGAUGAUUGGUCUUGCGCCGGGUGGAACGCAGAAGACUGCUGAUAGUUUGGCCGUAGCUGCUGACUGCUUAGUUGCUGGUGCGAAGGAGGAUCUGUUUACGCCUAUGUACUUGAUGGUUGCGAGAAAGCCAUUGAAAUAA